AUGGCGUGUGAAGUCGGUGACGAGGGAUCGGGUUCGGGAUCGCUGAAGAUCAAGAAUAGGCGGCUUAGGAUCAAGUUGUUAUGCAGCUAUGGCGGGAAAAUCCUACCCAGACCUUCCGAUGGUAUUCUUAAGUACGUCGGUGGCGAGACUCGUGUCAUUGCCUUGUCCCACGACGCUAAUUUUUCUGAGUUGAUGAAGAAAGUAAAUGCAGUAGUUGAAGGGGACAUGGUGUUGAAGUACCAGUUAAUCCCGGAAGGUCUGGAUGCCUUGGUCUCUGUUCGAAGCGAUGAAGAUGUAAAGCACAUGUUGGACGAAUACGAUAGACAAGAGAAGCAAGGCAUGAGUCCAAGGCUAAGAACCUUCUUGUUUUCAUCCAAGCCAAUCAUGAUAGAAAGCAGCAGCAGCAACAACAACAACAACCAGACAUUAGAGCUAGAGCAGCGGUAUAUUGACGCCAUUAACGGCAUAGUUCGUUCAUCAUCGAAACAACCAAUAAUGAUGAUCGGCGGCAGCCCUCGCUUGAGCAGCAGCUUUGGGAAUAAUUGCAGCAGCCCCUUAGCCAGCUACAGCCCCCUCGCUAGCUUUUCCUCUGCUUGUUCUUCGCCCAAGUCAGAAUCGCCCGAACACCAUUAUAUGGUGGUACAAGAAGCUAACCAGAUAUUACAAGCUAGUCGAUUUUCGCUCCCUCUAGUUAUGCAUAAAGUGCACAGCUCUCCCAGUAUUUGUGGUAAUCUUAAUCUACAACAACAAUACCAAAACCUAAACUUGGCUCACCGUCACCACCACCACCAGUACCCGCAGCAACACCAAAGUGGCCACUAUCAAAUGACUAGGAGUCUAUCAAGAAACUCGCAUCCCCAAAACCAUAGUAGAGGUACUCCCACCCCACCGCAUAUGUCCCCCGGGGGAAGAUCUGAAUCAGGGAGCGUGAGGAGCCUGAUGGGUCAAAACCAGUCUCAUCAUAAUUCCACUUGCACUAGUCCAAGACACCAACACCAAAGAAUGAUAAAUAUUGCAGCAGUAGGAGGAGGAAGAAGCUAUGGUUAUUCUGAUGAUUCUUGUAACAUGGUUGAUAGGGCUGAGAGUCUUCCAACUAGUCCAUGA